GUUGAGUAAAAACCAAGAGAAACAGUUUUGAAACAGAAAUCUAAGGAUUUCCACAGAGGGUGAAUACCUUUAGAGAGUUUGAUGGAAUAGUCCUUUCACUAAAAACAGCCUGCUGAGUGAACUACAUUGGUUGCUGUAUAUCCAAGAUGAAGGUCGCAGCCAUCCUUCUCCUUUGCACGACCCUGUUCUACCAGGGUUACAGCAACACCCUGGACUCAUGUCAGGGGCGAUGUGGGUAUGGAACAGACAGCGGUUACUCCUGUCAGUGCAACCCAGCUUGUGAGAAGUACAAUGACUGCUGUUCUGACUUUUGGACGCUAUGCAAAGACGCAGGCACGUCCUGUAAAGGCAGAUGUGAUGAAAACUACAACUCUCAGAACCAAUGCCACUGCAACUCCAAGUGCUCCCAGUACAACAAUUGCUGCAGCGACUAUGCAGAACUUUGCAAUGCUGUGAGCGGAGACACAUCUUGCCAAGGCAGGUGCAAUGAAAACUACAACUCUCAGAACCCGUGCCACUGCAACUCCAAGUGCUCCCAGUACAACAAUUGCUGCAGUGACUAUGCAAACUUCUGUUCAGCAGGUGACACAGGUGGUGCCAUCACUGAUUCUGAGCUCAUAUCCCUCUCUGAGACGCUUUACGCCCUGGACUCAAACAAGGCUUCCCCCUCUCAGCUGAUCCUUGACCCUCAAGCCCUUGUGUCAGACUCACAGACUAGCUCCCAGUCAGAUCUCUCCUCCCGUCCGUUGUACAAAUACGUGGAUGAAAACACUCUGUUCUCUCGCCCAACCUAUGCUGCCCUUCUGAAUGUUCUUGACAACUACAAGAGGAUGACAGGACAGGCCGAGAGCUUCACCUCACAGCAGCAGACUGAGCAGGAUACAUUCCUCAGAGAAACUAUGUUGAACACCGAGCUAGGCAGAGAGCUUUUUAGCUUUCUCUACACCAAGGGUAUUUAUGCAUCAGAGUCAGAGUUUAUUCAGGACCUGAAGAACAUGUGGUUUGGUCUCUAUUCUCGCUACAACGGUGCCAUGGACUCCAGCGGUUUUGAACACAUCUUCGGAGGUGAAAUCAAGGGAGGAAAGGUGUCUGGUUUCCACAACUGGAUCAAAUUUUAUCUUCUUGAGAAAAGAGGAGAGCUAAAUUACUACAGCCACAGCUUCAAUGGUCCUUGGUCCGGUUAUCCUGAUGUUUUGGGACUGCAGUUCAAAUGGGAUGGCUACUACAAGCAGGUGGGCUCUGCAGUGAUUGGUUGCAGUCCUGAGUUUGACUUCGCCAUCUACAGCCUCUGCUACAUUGCUCGGCCUGGGAAACAGUGUCACCUUAGUCUGGGAGGGAAAUCGCUCAGCAUACAGACCUACACCUGGGAUAACUCUUCCUACGGAAAUGGAAAGAAGUAUAUUGCUUCAGCCUAUCCCGUAUCGAUGUAAUAAGAAAGGAAGCAAUAGGAAAAGCAGCAUAACUGUAUGACCUUCCAAUCAUUUGGCUCUCUUUAUGCUGUAAUAAAGUAAAAUCAAUAUUAAAAUGGA